UAGUUUAGUAAACAAUGUAGUCAUUUGUAUAUCAUUAUUAUUAUGUUUCCAACCAAUAAUUGAAAGUCUAUAAUUACCUCAUUUCAAGGGCAGUUGCAUCUAUUUAGUGCCUCUGUGUCACACUGCCCCAAACUUCUAUUCCCACUUGGUCCAGAUGUUAGCUGAGCUACAUGUUUCCCAAGCCCCCCAGUGCCCCGAGACAACCCACCCCCCACCCCCACCCCCAGGGCCGACUUGCUGUUUGCUCCUCUUGGCAGCCGUGAAGCCAGGGAGGAUGGGGACGCCGGUGCAGGGAGAUAAGGACCCCUCAUUACCUCACCCGAUAAGGUAACAUGCACAGACGCAGUUAGAUGGGCUCUGCAGAUGAGCUGGUGGGACACACUCUGAUCAGGUGCUACUUAGCUAAAUUAUUUUUACUUUUUAUUUGUAAAAGCAGUUUAUUUUUUAGCAUCAAAACUCCGCUCUAAUCUAUUUUCUGAAACAUGCACUCUUCAGACUUGGGGAUAUAAAACUCUUCACGUUUAAGGCCGUGGUGAUCUGGAGCCAGCCUUUGGAGCGUGCGGAUGGCGGUGAAUCCUCUGGAAGCGCUCAUGUCUGUGCAGCAUCGACUCGGCUGUGGUCCCAUCAUGGACUCACAAAGGCAGGAGAGUGCAGGCAACAGCCCAGCCCCGCGCCCAAAGACACGGCAGGGGCAAUCUGGCUCAGUGUCACUGCCUCGGGCCCAGAGAAGUCAGCACUCUCCAGAAAAUGCAGCCCGAGAAAGGAGCCGUGUGCGGAACCUCCGUCAAGCCUUCCACAGCCUGCAGGCAGCACUUCCCUCUGUGCCCCCGGACACCAAGCUCUCCAAACUUGACGUUCUGCUUCUAGCUACCAACUACAUCGCUUAUCUGACAGAGACCUUGGACCAGGAGGGGACCCAAGCAGAGCUUAACCUGCCCUCACGACCAGGCGGAUACCUGCAUCCAGUGAAGAAGUGGCCCAUGCGCUCUUUGCUGUACUGCGGCAGUGUGGGAGACCUGCUCUCUCAGGAUGGCACAGUGGCCCCAGCCCCAGAUGCACACAAAGAGUGAAGCACCCAUCGCAGUUUCUCUGAAUAUUUCACUCUGCUCCAUACACAAUAAAGCAAUUAUGAUGACCACAUUAUCAUGGUAAAGACCUUUAAAAUAAUACUAGGAGACAAUAGUAGACCAUCCUGUCCUUCGGAUUAUCUGUACAUGAAGUUCAAGUCUACAAGAACGGGAGCUUCGUGUCUUGCUAACAUUAGGUUUUGUGUAUAGUUUGUCACCAUUUUUCAUGGACCUCUUCUGGGCUGUUCACAACCCACAGGCUACAAAUCACUGUAUGCAAGAACACUGUGUAACUGUAGAAGGUGAGAAUAUGUACAAUAUCCAAUUAUUUAUUCUUGCAGGUCACUUUUUGCAUUUUUGUCAAAUAAAAACAACUCUUUGUGUUUUAA